UCGCUUCCCCUCUCUCUCUCUCUAUCUCUCUCUCAUUCGUCGCCGCCUCCUCUUCGUCUGUACGGCACCGCUGCGAAAUUGAGGCCGCUCUGCUGUGGGGGGAUCGAGAUCCUUCCGCAAUCCACCGCCCGAUCGCCGCGCUCUGCAGGAAUCCCGAGCCGAUCUCGCCGGACCGAUGGAUUCCGGCAGAUACAUGGCCUAUUCGCCCUCCCCCUCCACCGUCCCCUAUUCGCCCCACAUCUCCGGCAUGCGCACGCCUGGCGGCGCCAUCGGCGAGCAGGAGAAGUACCUGACGGAAUUGCUUGCGGAGCGUCAGAAACUAAAUCCGUUUGUGCCAGUGCUGCCUCACAGUUUCCACUUGCUUAACCAGGAAAUUUUGCGUGUAACCAAACUGUUGGAGAAUGCAUCUCUUUUAGAUCAAUCUGGUUUUGAACAUGGUAGCCCACUGAUCACUGGAGGAUUAUUUCCAAACGGAGGCGUUGCUGACAUGAAUAGCUGGGCAUCAACAUUUCAAUCUGAAAGAUUGGGAACAUUACAGCCUUCAACUAGGAGUGGUUGGGUUGGGCCACAAGGCAACUCUUCUGGUCUUGUUAUUAAGAAAACAAUUAGAGUGGAUAUUCCCGUGGAUCAGUUCCCUAAUUACAACUUUGUUGGUCGACUCCUUGGUCCGAGAGGAAACUCUCUUAAGCGGCUUGAAGCUAUCACUGCUUGUCGUGUGCUAAUACGGGGGCGAGGCAGUAUUAAAGAUCCUGCUCGGGAGGAAAUGAUGCGCGGGAAACCAGGUUACGAACAUCUCAACGAGCCCCUUCACAUUCUCGUAGAAGCAGACUUGCCAGUUGAAAUUGUUGAUACCCGCUUAAUGCAAGCUCGUGAAGCUCUCGAGGAGAUGCUGAAACCUGUGGAUGAAUCAAUGGACUUCCUUAAGAAGCAGCAGCUCAGAGAGCUCGCCCUACUGAACGGCACCCUCCGUGACGAAGGCUCUCACACAUCGGGGUCAGUCUCCCCUUUCCAUGAUAGCCUUGCAAUGAAGAGAGCUAAGACAAGAGGGUGAACUUUAAGAUGGGCAUCAGCUCUUCCUGGUGCAAGGAUUGUGUCUUUGGUGGCCAUUGCAGCCAAAAUUCUCCAUGAAGAAUCGAAUCAAAGUUGAACUAAAAUUAGCAUAUCAGCUUGCUUUGGACUACUAAAGGAUGCUGUGGCUCUAACUAGGGUUGUCUCAGAGUGUCUUGGUGCCGAAAAGUAGGGAUCUUUGUUUGGUUAUUUGGCCUAGUCAAGCUUAUAAAUACAUAUAUAUGUAUGUGUGCCCUAUUUUAAGUGAAGUUUUGUGUGAACAGUUUUGAUAGUAAAGUGGGGGUGUGAGGUAUGUGUAGGGGAAUUAAAAGUGCCUUCUUAAGAGUAGAACUCUUUGUACUUGAUGGAGUUGAAGGUUACGCUAGCAUCAUUUGUUCGAUAUGAAUUUUACAGGGUCCCCUUCAUAAGUGAUCUUAUUCGAGGUACUUUAUGUUGGUA